GUGCGGGCGCGGCUGCGGCUGCGGCUUCAGGAUCCUAGUUCCCCAACCAGGGAUCGAACCCUUGCCCUUGCCAUGGAAGCACGGAUUCCUAACCACUGGACCACCAGGGAGUUCCCCUCUCUUCUCCUUUUGAUGCCCUUCCUGCCUCCUCCUGCCCAGCAGGCUGAGGCCUGGCAUAGUCCGGACUGACCCCAGAGGCACAGCCAGAGGGACAGGGCCCAGCCCCACUCUCACCCCCUCUGGGGGCUACUCCAGGAAACAUGGCCAAGUUUGCCCUGAAUCAGAACCUGCCUGACCUGGGCGGCCCUCGCCUGUGCCCCAGCGUGACUGGGGGAGCUCGCAGCCCGAGUUCGCCCUACUCGGUGGAGACGCCCUACGGCUUCCACCUGGACCUGGACUUCCUCAAGUACGUGGAGGAGCUGGAGCGCGGCCCCGCCGCCCGCCGCGCCCCGGGCCCCCAGCCCGCGCGCCGCCCCCGCGCGCCACGGGCCGGCCUCGCAGGCGCGCGCAGCCCAGGCGCCUGGACAUCCUGCGAGUCCCUGGCCAGUGACGAUGGCGGAGCACCGGGCGCUCUUUCCCCGGGCGCACCGUCGGGGCUCAUGCUGCUGCCGCUAUCGCCGCGCGCACCCGUGCGCAAUCCGCGCGUCGAGCACACGCUCCUGGAGACCAGCCGGCGGUUGGAGGUAGCGCAGGCGCACGAGUGCGUGCCCAGCCCCGGCCGCACGAUCCCGCUCAGCCCGCGCGGGUCCGGCCACAGCAGUCCCGCCCCCAACCCGGCCCUGGCCUCGCCCGGCCCCGCGCAACUGCAGCUGGUGCGCGAGCAGAUGGCAGCGGCGCUGAGGCGCCUGCGCGAGCUCGAGGAGCAGGCGCGCGCGCUGCCCGAGCUGCAGGAGCAGGUGCGCGCGUUGCGCGCCGAGAAGGCGCGGUUGCUUGCCGGGCGCCGGCAGCCCGAGCCCGACGGGGAGGCCGAGGCGCGCCCGGACAAGCUUGCUCAGCUGCGGCGGCUCACCGAGCGCCUGGCCACCUCUGAGCGCGGCGUUCGCGCCAGGGCCAGCCCCGGGGCUGAUGGCCCCGACGGGUCGGCUUCUAGCCUCAGUGAGGGUGCGCUGCAGGUCCUCGAUGGGGCGCCCCAGACGCGGGAUACAGGCACCCAGACCGUGCCGGAGACUCAAGAGGCGGGAGCCCAGGCGUUGCCGGAGACCCAGGAGGCCGGCGUGGGGGCAGCUCCCGAGACCCUCGAGGCGGAAGUGUGGGUGACGGAGGCUCUGCUGGGGCUGCCCGCGGCCGCCGAGCGCGAGCUGGAGCUGCUUCGCGCCAGCCUGGAGCAUCAGCGCGGGGUGAGCGAGCUCCUGCGGGGUCGCCUGUGCGAGCUGGAGGAGGCCCGCGAGGCUGCCGAGGCCGAGGAGGCACAGGCAGCGGUGGCAGCCCAGCCCCAGCCGUGCGAGGCUGCCACCCAGACCCCGUGGGGUUGUGCCGAGAGGGCCACGCAGACCGAGCCCGCUGUGGAGGCCCCUGCCCCGACGCAGGAGAACCUGCCCGGACCCACGGAUGGGGACAGGGCAGUGGCACCCGCGGGCACUCUCAAAUCCAUUAUGAAGAGGAGAGACGGUACACCUGGCGCCCAACCCAGCCCCGGACCCAAGAGCCUGCAGUUUGUUGGGGUCCUCAACGGAGAGUACGAGAGCUCAUCCAGCGAGGGCGACAGCGACAGCGAGGACGGCGCUGCCGAGCUCCCGAGGAGCAGUUCGUCGGGCUCAGGAGACGACAGCGGCGGGGGAUCCGACUCCGGGACCCAUGGCCCUCCCAGCGGCGGGGAGGCCCGGGACCCCGAGCCGGAGGCAGAGCCAGAGCCUCAGCCGGCCGCGCAGGGGAGUAGGUGCGAGCUGAGCCCGCGUUUGAGGGAGGCGUGCGCAGCGCUGCAACGGCAGCUGAGCCGGCCCCGCGGAGUCGCCCGCGACAGUGGCGCGGCGCGCCUGGUGGCCCAGGAGUGGUUUCGAGUGUCGAGCCAGCGGCGCUCUCAAGCGGAGCCCGUGGCCGGGGUGCUGGGCGCGGUGGUGCGCCUGGGACGUGAGCUGCUGGAACACGUGGUGAACCUGACAGAUGGCAACGGGAACACAGCCCUGCACUACAGCGUGUCCCAUGGGAACCUGGCCAUCGCGAGCUUGCUGCUGGAUACAGGAGUCCAGAAGUCCAAAAUCAAGGUGUUGGCAGGGCUGUUUCCUUCUUAAGGGCUCAGAGGGAGAAUCUGUUCUGUGCCUUUCUCCAAGCUUCUGGUGGCUGCCAGCAACCCGCAGCGUUCCGCAGCUUACGGCAGCUUGUCUUCUCGGCCUUCUGCAUCACGUAGCUCUUUGUCUUUGCUUCUUCUGAGGAUACUAGUCAUACGGAAUUAGGGCCUACCAUAAUGACCUCAUCUUAACUUGAUUAUGGUUGGCAAAGAUCUUAUUUCCAAUUAAGGCCACAUUCACAGGUACUGGGUGUUAGGAGUUCAACAUAUCUUUUGGUGGGGCAAUGGCGGGGGGGGGACACAAUUCAAUCUGUAACAUAGGCUUGUGGGAGAAAGGCCAACUCCAGAGGAAGGGACAGAAGUUGAUAACAGAGCCUCGGAGGCGGUGGUGAACAACGGCCUGUAUUCCAGGUGCAGUGGGGAGACACAGGAGGGCUCUAAAUAGGUGAUGGGGCCAAAUUUCUUUUGAUCUCUUUCUGGCUGCUGCAUGGAAACUGGAGUGGACUUGGACACCCGGGGGGCCCGGCUGGCAUUUCUCUGGGGGAGCAACAGUGGUGGCUUGGUGGGUAGUAGCUGUGAAAAUAGAAACGUCCGUUUAUCUUUCAUUGAGCAGCUGCUAGGUGGCAGGUAUUACUCUAGGUACUGGGGGAUACAGCAGCAGACAGAACGAAGCCCCCAACACAGUUUGAAAUAGGAAGGUGAGGAAGCUCUUCACUGAGAUGAGAUGCGAGCAGAACCCUGAAGGUAAGGGAGGAGCCAUGUGGAUCUUGUGGGGAGAGCCUUGUAGGCAGAGGGAACAGGAAAAUCACGCAUGACCCUCAGUGACCAACCUGACUGAACAAAUGAACCUGAGGCUUGGAGGGAGGCGAGUGGACUAGCGGGUGUCGGCUUCUUGGUGGACUGACCCCUCUUCUCUCUCCCAGGGGUCUGCAAGAUUGACCACCAGAAUCGAGCUGGCUACUCUGCCCUCAUGCU